AUGGAGAAAUUAAAUGACACAGAAGUGACAACAUUCAUUAUUGUUGGAUUCCCAGGUACUAGGAACAUACAAAUUUUAUAUUUCAUCACAUUCCUUCUGAUCUAUCUACUUACUCUUUUGGGUAAUAUUAUCCUGCUAGUUACACUAAAGAUGGAGUCAAGUCUCCACACACCUAUGUACUUUUUCCUGAGCAACCUUGCUGUCCUGGAGAUUGGCUACACCUCAGUUACUCUCCCUAAACUUCUAGCAAUAACCUUAGGGGGACCUAAGACUAUUUCUCUUACAGCGUGCUUAGUGCAGUCAUAUUUCUUCUUCUUUCUGGGUUCCACAGAGUGUUUCCUACUUGCUGUUAUGGCUUAUGACCGUUAUCUGGCCAUUUGCAACCCACUGAGAUACCAGACUCUGAUGUGUAACAGAGCAUGUGUUUGCUUGGCUUUAGGUUCCUGGAUGACUGGGUUUCUAAAUCCUUGCCCAUCCACUGUCUUAGUUAGCAGGCUGCAUUUCUGUGGCAGCAUAAUCAACCAUUUCUUCUGUGAUGUCCCACCACUACUCAGUCUCUCAUGCACUAACACCUAUAUCAGCAAAACCAUCAUCUUCAUCAGCUCAGCUGUCAUAGUGUUAGGCACCUUUCUGAUGACAAUGCUUUCUUAUGCCUGUAUCCUGGCUACCCUCUUAAGGAUGUCCUCAAGAAAAGGACAACAGAAGGCCUUUUCCACCUGCACUGCCCACCUGACUGUAGUGUCUCUUUACUAUGGAACGGUGAUCUUCAUAUAUGUGAACCCUGCAGGCAAGCAGUCAAUGGAAAAUAACAAGGUGGUCUCUUUUAUCUACAGUGUGGUAACUCCUAUGCUCAACCCACUCAUCUACAGCUUGAGAAAUGAAGAUGUCAAAAAGUCUUUGAAAAGACUGAUAUUAAGGAAAUUUGCUCUCUUGUUUUGGAAACAUCUUCAGGAACUGGUGGUGAGAUCCAUAUAG